CUCCUCCUCCUCCUCGCAGAGCCCAGCCGGCGGUGGGCCCGGCGGGCCCCGGCAGCGCUCUCCUGCCCGAUGGGGAACUCUCCGUCUCAAGAUUCGGAGCGGACCAGCCCGCACAUGAUCUCCGCGGCCGACGAUGCCGAGUACCCACGGGAGUACCGGACGCUGGGCGGAGGCGGCGGCGGCGGCGGGGGCAGCGGCGGCGCCCGUCGCUUCUCCAACGUGGGCCUGGUGCACACGUCCGAGCGGAGGCACACGGUCAUCGCCGCCCAGAGCCUCGAGGCCCUCACCGGCCUGCAGAAGGCCGACAUGGACCGGAAGCGGGACGCCUUCAUGGAUCACCUGAAGAACAAGUACCCGCAGCACGCCCUGGCCCUGCGAGGGCAGCAGGAGAGACUCCGCGACCAGCAACCCAACUACUGGAGCUUUAAGACUCGCAGCUCCCGGCACUCGCAAGGGACCCAGCCCGGCCUGGCCGACCAAGCAGCCAAACUGUCGUUCGCCUCGGCCGAGUCCCUGGAGACCAUGUCUGAGGCGGAGCUGCCCCUCGGCUUCAGCAGGAUGAACCGAUUCCGGCAGAGCCUGCCCCUGUCCCGCUCCACCAGCCAGACCAAGCUCCGCUCCCCAGGGGUGCUGUUCCUGCAGUUCGGGGAGGAGACGCGUCGCGUGCACAUCACGCACGAGGUCAGCAGCAUGGACACGCUCCACGCCCUCAUCGCCCACAUGUUCCCCCAGAAGCUCUCCAUGGGGCUGCUCAAGUCUCCCAACACGGCCAUCCUCAUCAAGGACGAGGCGCGCAACGUCUUCUACGAGCUCGAAGACGUCCGAGACAUCCAGGACCGAAGCAUUAUCAAGAUCUACAGGAAGGAGCCCCUCUACGCCUCCUUCCCGGCAUCCCACAUCAGCAACGGGGAUCUGCGGAGGGAGAUGGUGUACACUUCCCGGGACUCGUCCCCGCCCCGUCGGCUGAACCACCUGGCUUCGAGCUCCCCGCCGCCGGGCCUGUCGUCGUCGUCGCCCUCCCGCUCCCGCACGUCGUACGCGGGCGGCGGGCGACCCCCGUCCUACGCGGGCAGCCCGGUCCACCCCGCGGAGCGGCUGGGAGGCGUCUCCCCCAGCCCCAGCGCCAUCCUGGAGCGGCGGGACGUCAAACCGGACGAGGACCUGAGCGGGAAGGGCGUGAUGCUGCUCAAGGGCGAAGGCCUCUACGCCGACCCUUACGGGCUGGUCCACGAGGGCCGCCUGAGCAUCGCCUCGGGGGUCGGCGACCCCUUCCCCUACCCGGGCGCGUUUUACAAGCGCGGCUCGGUCCGCUCCCUGAGCACCUACUCGGCGGCCGCGGAGCUGGAGGAGUCGCUUUACAAGGCCGGAGGGCCUCUGUACGGCGACCCUUACGGGACCCCUGGCGGGGCCUUCCGACACCCGCCCUCCUCGCCCCAGAAGAUGGGCGACGGGCCCCCGGCCGGCCCGGGCCCACACAGCCCCUACUCGGGCUCCCCCAGCCGCUGCUCGCCGGUCCGGCAGUCCUUCCGCAAGGACUCGGCCUCCUCCUCCGUCUUCGCGGACAGUCCCGGGGCCAAGCCACCACGUGGCUCCGGCUCCUCCGCCGGGGCUCCCGACCUCUUCCCCGGGGGUGGCGACCGCCCGCUCUCGGGGUUCGGCUCCCCCGUGCCCGCCAAGGACGCCGAGACCAGGGAACGGAUGGAGGCCAUGGAGAAGCAGAUCGCCAGUCUGACCGGGCUAGUCCAGAGCGCUCUGCUCCGUAACUCCGACGGCGAGACCCCCAGUGAGAAGACAGAAGGCACUGAUGAAGCUGUGAUACCCUCCCCCUUGUCCGGGCACGGGCCCCGUGGCAGUGGCGGGGUCCCCCCGGUGCCCGGGCCCCCGCCCGCCUCUUCGGGCAGCACCCCAGCGGGCCAGCCAACCGCCAUCACCCGCCUCCACAUGCAGCUGCAUCUCCACGACCUGCAGCACAACGCCAGUGACCUCCGCAACCAGCUGCAGCAGCUGCGCAAACUCCAGCUGCAGAACCAGGAGACGGUGCGGACGAUGCUGAAGAGGACCGAGGCGGAGCUGAGCCUGCGAGUGGCCGACUCCAUGCGCAAGCGGGAGGACCCCCUGCAACGCCAAAGGACCCUCGUGGAGGAGGAACGGCUCCGUUACCUCAACGAGGAGGAGCUCAUCACACAGCAGCUCAAUGACCUGGAGAAAUCUGUGGAGAAGAUCCAGCGGGAUGUGCUCCACAGCCACCGCCUCAUCCCCGUGGCCGAGCUGGAGGAGAAGGCCCUGCUGCUGCGCCAGCUUGGGGAGACGCUCACCGAGCUCAAGGCGCACUUCCCCGGCCUGCAGAGCAAGAUGCGGGUGGUUCUGCGGGUGGAGGUGGAAGCCGUCAAGUUCCUGAAAGAGGAGCCGCACCGCCUGGAUGGGCUGCUCAAACGCUGCAAGAGCGUGACCGAUGCCCUGGCCCAGGCCCGCAGGCACGUGGAUGAGGGGGCAUGGCCACCCCCCCACACCUUGCUCAGUCAGUCGCCCAAGAAGAUGGCACCCGAGAACGACUUCGGCAAGAGCCUGGACUUCGAGUUGCCCGGCAGCCCCCCGCUGGCCCUUCAUGAGCUGGGAGGGUCCCUGGAAGGCCCACACCCCCCCAAAGGAGGCAACCCCGCCCGGGGUCCCGAUGCCCCCUUGGUGCCAGCCAAGGUGGCCAGCGGGCCAGAAACGCCCAGCAAGAGGAGCGUGGACAAAGCCGUGUCCGUGGAGGCAGCGGAGCGCGACUGGGAGGAGAAGCGGGCGGCCCUGACGCAGUUCAGCACUCAGGACAUCAGUCGCCUGCUGGAGGAGACGCAGGCUGAGCUCAUGAAGGCCAUCCCCGACCUGGACUUCGCCAGCAAGCACAAGGCGGGCGGCGGGGGCAGCGCCUCUCCCACGCCCGAACACAAGCCCGCCAAGGCCCAGCACGGGCAGAAGGCCAGCGCCCGCGUGGAGCCCAGCGGCCGGAGGGGCUCAGACGAGCUGACGGUGCCCAGGUACCGGACGGAGAAGCCUUCCAAGUCGCCUCCCCCGCCCCCUCCGCGUCGGAGUUUCCCCUCAUCCCACGGGCUCACCACCACCCGUACCGGCGAGGUCGUGGUCACCAGCAAGAAGGACACGGCCUUUAUCAAGAAGGCGGAAUCGGAGGAGCUGGAGGUGCAGAAGCCCCAGGUGAGGCUGCGCCGGACGGUGUCUGAGGUGGCCCGCCCGGCCUCCACGCCUCCCGUCAUGGCCUCCGCCGUCAAAGACGAGGACGACGAGGAGCGGAUCAUCGCCGAGCUGGAGGGCGGGGGCGGGGGUCCGGUCCCUCCGGCGAAGAUGGGCAGCCCGGCUGGCUCCCGGCUGAAGCAGGGCCCGGCGGGCAGCGGCCCCGACAAGGGCAAGCAUGGGAAGCAGCGGCUGGACUACCUGCGGAUCCAGGGCCAGCCGCCGCCACAGCCGCAGGCCGCUAGAACACCUAAAGAGACUAGCGGACUGAAUGAGACCCCGAGUCCAGUCUCAGAAAAACCCUCCUCGUCCAGAACCUCCAUCCCUGUAUUGACUUCCUUUGGGGCAAGAAAUUCGUCUAUUUCGUUCUAAAGGCUCCUUGCCAGCUCUUCCUCCCCUUUCCCCCGCCCCCUUUGCCCCGUCGAUCCUUCUCGUCUCCCUUCCUUCCUCCCCGGCCCCCCGCCCUCUUCUCCAGGCGUGGUGGGAGGGUUUGCCACGGGUCCUUCUCCUUGUCUUGGUGUAUUCGGUGUUUUGGUCUCUUUUGGUUUUAAUUAUUCACUUGUAAUUACACUUCUUUUUUGUAAAUGAAAGGAAAACCAAACACACCAGGCGCACCAAUGUCCCCUUUCAAUAUGGCCGACCCGUCGGGCCGCUUUCCGCUUCAAUGUGGCCGACCUGCCACUCUCUGUUUCUCCUCUUUUUAUCCUCCUCCUCCUCCCUCUCUUCCCGCUCCCUACCACCAACACUUCCUGCUUUUCCGCUGACCACCCUCCCCCAACCUCUUCUCUGCCCUGGCUCAUCGGGAACACCGAAACGAACUUCGGCCUGGACCUAUGACCGUCCAACAACGAGGACUCAGAGUCGUGAGGCGCCCCUUCGACCCUCUGUGGAGAAGGACUGGACAAUUAACUUAAAUAAUGGGUUCUCGGGGGGGUGGGAGGGAGGGGAGG